AUCCACAAAUAUUGGCCUAUGUGUGGACUGUCGAGGAGUUGCUCAACCGAAAACGACUGAGAUAUGAAUCUGAACACGCCAAGAAAUGUUUUAUUAACUUUACCUUUUAGGAAUUUUCGCGAUUCCUUGAAAUCAAAACGAUUAUGAGAUUAUAAAUCUAACAGAUUUCGCGACAGCUUUGUGUCAAGCAGUAUCAAUCAAUGUCGAUAACAAAAUUCCAAUUGCUUCUGGUUUGUGCUAUUCUGCUCAACUGUGCUAUACUUUUCUAUAUUUCGCAUACUCAAAACACGGGGGAAGAGCCAAAUGGACAAGGAAAAUCUCUUCUGCAGAAAACAGCUCCGAGCAGAGACGAAUCGAUUGUCAAAGACUCAAACUACUUCCAYAACAUCAAGAAUUUCGAGUCUGAGGUUACUGUUGUCAUUAUGGAGUUUGAAGAUUUCGAAAAUGAUAUUCCCCGAAGCAUCCAAUCAAUCAUAAGGAUAUUUCCUAAGAUUUCAAUUGUUAUAUUAUCUACUCGUCGACCUUAUCCGCCAUUAKCCUUUUCCAGUGUGAAUGUGAAGUUAGUCGUAGAACAGGUGUCUCCAGACCAGAAACAAUCGUCAGGAAGACCAGAGAACUACAUUACAACGCCCUAUGUGCUCGUGAUACCAGAUGGCGCUAGAUUCAACUCUGAAAAGCUGCCAAUGUUGAUGUUGGAGACAUUGAAGAAGUCUUCUACCAAUAACAAAAUAGUUGCUGUUCCUGUAGAGAGUAGAAGCUCAUCUCACUGCCAGGGUUUGAAAUUUGAUUUAAAAAGGUGGACGUUACAAUAUUCAUCACUUAGAAACUUAUCUGGCGAGUUUGUGACAUGUGAUUCAGUGUCGAAUACUCCUGCUGUCAUUUUGAAGUCAGCAUUCCUCCACAGCUUGAGUACUCCAUACAUCAGACCGUUUCCUGACAGCCUCUUUAUUCAAGCAUCCAUACACUUUAUUCACACAAUACUGUUAUAUAAACACUCAUUAUCGCAUGGUACRGAACUGUUCACCAACCCUCAUAACCAAUGGAAACACGAACAAGCUACAAAGAAACGACUGCAGAACAUGUACAAACGAUUUGGAAUCAAGAAAGUAGAGCUAUCAAAUGGCCAGCAGGAAUGGUAUGGCUGUACUAAAAACACAAAACGGUGCUUUGGUACUAUUGUAGAUGACAUGCCUGAGUUUCUUUAUGAGAACCGAUGGACUCCACCAUGUUGCUUAAAGAACCUCAGAGAGACUGCAAAAUAUGUCUUCAAGGUUUUAGAAAAUUCCAAUGUUAAGUAUUGGCUAGAAGGGGGGUCAUUGCUGGGUGCAGCCAGACAUAAUGACAUCAUUCCAUGGGACUACGAUGUAGAUGUUGGCAUAUAUAGAAAUGAGAUUAGUAAAUGUGAGUUUCUGUCAAAAGCUGAGGAAAUGGGAAGAAGUGGGUCAAAGUUUGUUGACGACCAGGGAUUUGUAUGGGAGAAGAGUCAGGAGAUGGAAUUCUACAAAGUUCAUUUUAGUCAAUUCAAUCACAUGCAUGUCGAUAUAUUUCCAUUUUAUGAGAGAAAUGGUAUCAUGACAAAGAAUCAUUGGUUUAAGACUCACCGACAAGACACUGAAUUCCCUGCAAAGUAUUUAAAACCUUUAAGUAAAAUUAGAUUCAUAGGAAGGCAGGUAUCUGCACCAAACAAUAUCAAAGAGUUCUUAGAGUAUAAAUUUGGGAAAGGAGUUAUUGAAAAUCCACAAUAUCCCGAUCCUUCAAAGGUCAAAAGAAAACCAAUGGAAAGACAAGAAAAAAGAAAUGUUUUAUGAAAUACAGAAGGCAUGUUAAACAUGUUUUUAUACAGAAAAGCAUAGUAUUUUAUCAAAUAGAUUGUGUAUUUUGGUGUAUAAGUUAGUUUACAGCCUUUUUCUUAUGCUCGUCUAACAGAGAAUAUUUUGAGUGCCUCACAAAGUCCAGAUGGAUUAACUGAGUCUAGUUUGUGUAUUUUCUUCUUAUAUCAGAUAAAAAAACUACUUAAAUUUUCUGCCUCUUAAAUAUUUAAGUAAUGGUCAAUUAAUAUUUGCAAUUCAAUGUCAAAGAUGUUUAUACUCGGUAUCAGCUCCAUAAAAUGGAGUGCAGAUCUUAUAUGAACUUGAACUCUUGUAAUUUUCUAAUCUUCUGUUUUAUAAAAAAAUAAGAAUAAAGCCACAUGUUAAGUCUAUGUGCAGUAGACCA